AGUCUGGCGCCCGGCGGGAUGCUGCGCUGCCCCUGGCCGCGGUUGCUUCUGCCCCCAGGUGUCCCUUGUCAGCGCUGGAGCGAGUGAGCGAGCGAACCCUGCGGACUCCACCUUCCGCGCGAGGCGUGGAUCUCGCUCCAUCCCCGCUUACAUAAGGCGGGCGGGCGGGCGAGCGCGCUCCCGCCGUCGCUUUCCCCUCGCGCGGAGUGGGGCCGCGCCCUCCACGCCUCCUCUGCCAGCGCCUCCCAGGACCCCCCCCCCGCUCGCCCCACUCCGGGAGGCGACCGUCGCCGGACCGUCGGCGGGCGAGCGGAAGCUGGGGCGUCUCUCUCGGGCGCACGGGAGCGCCUCGGCCGCUCGCCUCUCCUCCCGCUCCUGCUACCACCCCUCCCCGCCGCCCGUGCGAUCCCCCGCGGGCCCGGGGACCCGAGAGCAGCGCCCGCUCGGCUGGCGGUGGAGCUGCGGGAGAGCCGCGGUGGUGGCCGCGCUGCGCCUCCCUGCACCUCCCUAUUGGGGGCAGAGCACUCGCAGGCGGGAGACGUCAGUGGCUAGGCGCAGUGGACGAGGGACCUUCAAACUCCUCCUCGGAGGCUCCUCUCCACCCCCUUUGGCCCCUGCCCUUGGAGAAAGUGGAGAGUGGUGCUCUGGGCUGCUGUUAUUUCUCAGGACUGCCUGGCGGUGGCCGGAUUCAGCCUUCUGCCCGGCGGGGCUUUCUGCUGUUUGUGCGUCUCCUGGUGGCGUUUCCCUUCCCCGCACACCUCUGCCGACGAUGAGGAAAGGUCUGAGGGCGACAGCGGCCCGCUGCGGACUGGGACUAGGAUACGUGCUGCAGAUGCUUGUGUUACCUGCCCUGGCCCUGCUCAGCGCCAGCGGCACCGGCUCGGCCGCUCAAGUUAUGCCCCCUUAUUGGGAAACAGUGCAAACAUCCUCUCUUCAUGGAAGGUCCAUCAGCCAUGACGAUGACUUCUUUCAUGAACUCCCAGAAACCUUUCCAUCUGACCCACCCGAGCCAUUGCCGCACUUCCUCAUUGAGCCGGAGGAAGCGUACAUCGUGAAGAACAAGCCUGUGAACCUGUACUGUAAAGCCAGCCCCGCCACCCAGAUCUACUUCAAGUGCAACAGCGAGUGGGUUCAUCAGAAGGACCACGUGGUAGAUGAGAGAGUUGAUGAAAACUCUGGUCUCAUUGUGAGGGAAGUGAGCAUUGAGAUUUCGCGGCAGCAGGUGGAGGAACUGUUUGGGCCUGAAGAUUACUGGUGCCAGUGUGUGGCCUGGAGUUCGGCAGGCACCACGAAGAGUCGGAAGGCAUACGUGCGCAUCGCCUAUCUACGGAAGACAUUUGAGCAGGAACCCUUGGGAAAGGAAGUGUCCCUGGAACAGGAAGUCUUACUCCAGUGUCGGCCACCUGAAGGGAUCCCAGUGGCUGAGGUGGAGUGGCUAAAGAAUGAGGACAUAAUUGAUCCUGUUGAAGAUCGGAAUUUUUAUAUUACUAUCGAUCACAACCUGAUCAUCAAGCAGGCCCGGCUCUCAGACACGGCAAAUUAUACCUGUGUUGCCAAAAACAUUGUUGCUAAGAGGAAAAGCACCACAGCCACUGUCAUCGUGUAUGUUAAUGGGGGCUGGUCCACCUGGACAGAGUGGUCUGUGUGUAACAGCCGCUGUGGGCGAGGAUAUCAGAAACGCACUAGAACAUGCACCAACCCAGCCCCACUCAAUGGAGGGGCCUUCUGUGAGGGCCAGAGCGUGCAGAAAAUUGCAUGUACCACAUUGUGCCCAGUGGAUGGCAGGUGGACCUCCUGGAGUAAAUGGUCGACCUGUGGAACUGAAUGCACCCAUUGGCGCAGGAGGGAGUGUACUGCACCAGCCCCCAAGAAUGGAGGCAAAGACUGUGAUGGCCUGGUCCUGCAAUCCAAGAACUGCACUGAUGGGCUAUGCAUGCAGGGAUUCAUUUAUCCCAUUUCAACUGAACACAGAACCCAGAAUGAAUAUGGAUUUUCUUCUGCUCCUGACUCAGAUGAUGUUGCUCUGUAUGUAGGGAUUGUGAUAGCUGUGACUGUUUGUCUUGCAAUCACUGUUGUGGUGGCCCUGUUUGUGUAUCGGAAGAACCACCGUGACUUUGAGUCUGACAUCAUUGACUCCUCAGCACUCAAUGGAGGCUUUCAGCCUGUGAACAUCAAGACUGCCAGACAAGAUCUCCUGGCAGUGCCCCCAGACCUCACCUCAGCUGCAGCCAUGUACAGAGGACCAGUCUACGCUCUGCAUGAUGUCUCAGACAAAAUCCCAAUGACCAAUUCUCCAAUUCUGGACCCACUACCAAACUUGAAAAUCAAAGUGUAUAAUACCUCAGGUGCUGUCACUCCCCAGGAUGACCUCUCUGAGUUCACAUCCAAGCUGUCGCCACAGAUGACCCAAUCCUUGCUAGAGAAUGAGGCCCUUAACCUGAAGAAUCAGAGUCUUGCGAGACAGACUGACCCAUCCUGCACAGCCUUUGGCACCUUCAACUCCCUUGGAGGUCACCUCAUCAUCCCUAACUCAGGAGUAAGCUUGCUGAUUCCCGCUGGGGCCAUUCCCCAAGGGAGAGUCUAUGAAAUGUAUGUGACCGUGCACAGGAAAGAAAAUAUGAGACCUCCCAUGGAAGACUCACAGACCCUCCUGACCCCUGUGGUGAGCUGUGGGCCUCCUGGAGCUCUCUUGACGCGCCCUGUCAUCCUCACUCUGCAUCACUGUGCAGACCCAAACACCGAGGACUGGAAGAUCCAGCUUAAAAACCAAGCAGUUCAGGGACAAUGGGAGGAUGUGGUGGUGGUUGGAGAGGAAAACUUCACAACCCCCUGUUACAUUCAGUUGGAUGCAGAGGCUUGUCACAUCCUCACCGAGAGCCUUAGCACCUACGCCCUGGUGGGGCAGUCCACCACCAAAGCAGCUGCCAAGCGCCUGAAACUGGCCAUCUUUGGGCCACUCUGCUGUUCUUCCCUGGAGUACAGCAUCAGAGUCUACUGCCUGGACGACACACAGGAUGCCCUGAAGGAAGUUCUACAACUGGAGAGGCAAAUGGGAGGACAACUCCUGGAAGAACCCAAGGCCCUUCAUUUUAAAGGCAGCAUCCACAAUCUGCGCCUGUCGAUUCACGACAUCGCCCACUCCCUCUGGAAGAGCAAAUUGCUGGCUAAGUAUCAGGAAAUUCCAUUUUACCAUAUCUGGAGUGGCUCUCAAAGAAACCUCCACUGCACCUUCACUCUGGAGAGACUCAGCCUGAACACAGUGGAGCUGGUUUGCAAACUCUGUGUGAGGCAAGUGGAAGGAGAAGGGCAGAUCUUCCAACUCAACUGUACUGUGUCAGAGGAACCUACUGGCAUCGAUUUGCCCCUGCUGGAUCCUGCAAGCACCAUCACCACUGUCACAGGACCAAGUGCGUUCAGCAUCCCUCUCCCUAUCCGGCAGAAGCUAUGCAGCAGCCUGGAUGCUCCCCAGACAAGAGGCCAUGACUGGAGGAUGCUGGCCCAUAAACUCAACCUGGAUAGGUACUUGAAUUACUUCGCCACCAAAUCGAGCCCCACUGGCGUAAUCCUGGAUCUUUGGGAAGCACAAAACUUCCCAGAUGGAAACUUGAGCAUGCUGGCAGCUGUCCUGGAAGAGAUGGGAAGACAUGAAACAGUAGUGUCCUUAGCAGCAGAAGGGCAGUAUUGACCACACUGGAACUGAAACUGAAGGACAAAAUUACACAGGAAGUCUGUGUCCAGGGGAAACGCAACUGAGGAGGAAAUCCAGAUGAGACCAAGGCGCUCUACAGGCAAGAUGGCUACAGGAAUGGCUGGGGACAGACACAACCACCGAGGUACACGCCCACUUCAUUCAGACAGCACCGCCACGGGAGUUGAGAAAAAUUGUGUAAAUUUGUACCUUGAAUUUAGAAAUCAAUCUAAUUUUCUCUUCGUUGGGCUGUAUGCUGUACGGUACAGGAUCUUACAGUUUCCUAGGAAACGCUUUUUAUUGCUAUCCAGAUGUAUGGAUAAACUUUCUUAACAAACCCAGUUUCUACAAACGUUGUUUACAUCAAAUUGGACAGGGAUGCAGAUGCUAUCCAUGGCUCGUUCUAUUUUUGUUCAGAUCAUUUGGAGUUGAAGCUGUGGACAGUUUAUUGUGUCUAUUCCAGAUUAGUAAUUUCCAGAGAAAUCACAGACUUUUGCUACCAACCAUGUACAUCCAGUGUCUCAGAUGAUCCUCCCAUCAUGUUUUGUCUCGGAAACCUGUCGGACCAGUGUUGGCAUUUCUAUCAGGGAAGAGGAGAUUCUAUAUGUAAAGGAGGAACGACUUAGGUUGCCACCGGGGAACCCUGUUGGGCUCCUUUGGGAACAGGGCUGUAGCAUUGCAGGGAAGAUAGUGACUCAUGUUCCUCCCACAAACAUUUCUGUACCACAUGUGUGUUUGUAAUAUGCAAUUUCAAGUGUUUUUUAAGCAUAUUAUCCUUAUUAUUGAUGAUUAUUAUGAAGACUCUAGUAAAAAAAAUUUUUUUCUUUUGUUUUAGUUAGCAGUACUGUUAGUAUUUGGUAUUGACUAGACCGGCCUCCCUUUUCUUAUGUAAAGAGGUGGGCGUGGUCACCAGUUUAGUUCAAUAGCUUUUACUUCCUUGACCUUUGAUCUGCCAUUCUGUGGUGGACAAGAUUGAAAUGCUCACUCACUGGCUUGCUCAGCUUGCUCAGGCAGUCUUCUGGGUUCUGGCUCUUAUCAUGAGGAGGGUUGUCUGUGUAAUGGUCAUUUAAUCUUGUGGCUGUCUAUCUGAGAAGCAUUGUGGUUGUGGGCAAUAGUUUCUGAACUAGGAAUCAGGAAACCAGUUAUCAUUUGGGAGUUGGUCACUGUCGGGCUUCGUGAACUUGGGGGAAAACACUGAAACUCAGUGGAGCUCAUUUUCCUUAUCUGAAAACUAUGGGAUGAGAUCAGAUUACCCCAAGGUUCCAGGAUACUGAGCUCCCAUUGAAAUGUCAUCAUCCUUUCUCAUCUUUCAGGCAGUACUGACUUGAAAGGGGAUUACUUCAAUACACAUUUAUUUGUUAGGCUGUGGCAUUGUAGCAUUGUUGCAUGAUGUUGCUCACUGAAAGAUGGCAUCCUUUUAUUAUCACUGUCUUGUUCUGUGGUAGGGACCUAUCCUCUAGCCCUACCCUCCAGCCUUCCACCUAGUUGUAAAUUCUACUUUACUCAUUUAUUGAUCCCUGGAUCUCAAGACCAUUUCUACAAAAAGCCAAUGCAGCUGAAAGAAUUGUUACAAUUUUUCUUUCUUCACUAAUCUUUGCUUUAAUAAUAUUGACUUGUAUCUACAGCAUUUAAUUAGCUCUCUUAUCCUACAAAAUGUUAGUUGUGCAAACUAUGAGUUUUCCUUGGGACCAUCAUGGUUUGUUUUGAUAUAGAAACUCCCAUUUAGCAGAUGGGAUAAUUAAAAAGCUUACCACUCCCAAAAAAUAGUUAGAAAGCACCCAUGUCCUUAACCAGAGCCUUCAAAAUAGGACUGUGGUUUUCUUUUGGGCUGGAAGUAUCAAGAUUGCUGAGUGGAUUCCAGUUAGAAAUCAUUUUGGUCAUCUCCCCUUAGAGUUCUGUUACUGACAUUUUCUGACUCUUCCAUCUUAGUCAUUAAGGAACUGUGGAUAUGGGUGUUGGGGCUUAUCUGUCAUGCUGUUUGUCUUCUCUUUCAGAUAUGUAUUCUACAGUCUCUUUCUCUAACCUUCAGAACAUUCAGAAAUAACAAUACUGGUCCCCCUGAUGGCAGAAAAGGAAUUAUGUUCUACCAAAAAUAAUGCAGUGGCUGAUGUCUAUAACAAUGAGUUUGAUCUUUUAAGAGUUUAGAUAUUCUUAAAAAGCAAGAGGAAGAAAGAAUUGUCCAUUGCUGCCUCUUGAAACAAAUGUCAAAGUUGCUCUUCAUUUCUGGUAUUGUGGAAUCAUCAUAGAAAUCAAAGCCUAGAGAUCUGGACUAGAUGUUCUGUGUAACAGUGCUUUGUGCUAAGUAGAAAGGAACAAAUAUGUUACCAUUCUAGUUAAAUUUAUCCUAAAAACUGGUAAGUCACCAACACAGAAACGAUGACUAUAACCAGAGCAACAUUACUGAAGCUUUUGAGAGUCCUCAUGUUCAAGCAUCUAGAGAUACUUGCUUUUUAUUCAGUCUCUCAUAACAGAAAGAGGAAGAAUGACUGAGCUCUUGUGAGGUACUCAUUUGUCAUAAAACUACUGUCUUUCAUGUGAAUGACAGUUUCCAAACUAGAACAUGCCAUACAGCAACUAAUUUUCACUUAAAAAAAAAAAAUCUGCUUUUUCUCCGUGGGAGGAAAGUUAUAGUUGUUAGAUUGCUGCUUUCCAACACACGAGGUUCUCCUGCCACAGUUCACUUCCGACAGAGCUCUGUCAUCUCCUCUGUGGCAAGUCAGACUUUUACACAGCUUCUGAGGAAAGCCUUGCUUGCUGCCGGCGGGUGGACUCACUAAUCAUGUGUGCAUGGCGCCAUCUAGUGGCCUGCCCCAUGGUUACUCACUUUCAUAUACAGCUCACUAAAAGUUGACAAAGUACCUGUAGAGUUUGACUACUCAUUGGUGACAAAUGGACAUGGGGACGUUUCCCCUUUGAGGGUUUUAUUCUCUUGUUAUCACAUCUGUUCAGUUAAGUCAUCCAUUUAAAAAAUGUAUGAGUACAGUAUAUCGCCAGCUUGCUCACACACAUCCUUUGUUGCUUUCUUGUGACAGACAUAAUAUGACAUCUAUAUAAAAGUCUCAGAAAGUUGCCAUUUUUAUUUAUGAAUUCCAUUGGGCUUUGCGUAUUUAAAAUAUUUUAAUUCCAAAUACUAACUUUUAGAAAAAAAAUAAAUUGUAUUCACAAAGAAGAAAGUGUCCUCUGCCUUACACAUACAUACACACACACACACACACACACACACGGCAUCUCCUUGGGUGUUUUGUUAUUUAAUGUUUGAGAUACAUUCUUGCUAGGUAUCCCAGGAAGGCCUCAAAUCCAUGACCAUCUUUCCACAGUGUCUCAAGUGAUGAGCCUUUAAGCAUUAAGGUACCAUUCUACCUUCUUAAACAAACUCUGUAUUUGUAAAGAAGAACCCUGUGUCUAUGGAAAGGGAAGUUGUGAUUGCUGAUCAAGAAGAGCAGUCUUCAGAGGAAGAUGAUCUUCUGAGAUCAGGACUUGAGAGGCAGAGGCUUCGUGUUCUCUUUUUCUUCUCAUGACAUUAAUUCAAAUUGACUUGAUAGUUGAGUACAUGAUGACAAGCAUGUGUCAAGAAACUCUUGGUCAAACAUCUUCAAAAGCAAAUUCACUGCUUUUGCCAUACCAAAAAAAAAAAAAUCUUCACCUGAGCCAAUUAAUCUCUUCAAGGAAAGGAUAAUUUUGGAGUUGAGACGUCCGGGAUCAAAGUGUAUCAUUAGCCACUUUCAUAUAUGCUAUAAUUCUAUAGAUUUUCAUUAUUCCACUAUCAGAGUAGAGACAUUCCUUAGGGAAAAGUCUCAAUGAGUAUAUUUAGGACCCUCUAGAAACUAAGUAUUUUAAAACUAGGUUUUAAAGAUAUUUCUCUUGAAAGUGUUUGAAAAGGACUCAUUCAGAGGGUGGGAUCCAGACAGUUCUCUUCUGGAGAAGAACAGGCGCUUGUCUUACAUCUCUGUGUGUUUCUGUUGAAGACAUGGCAUCUGUGCUCCAAGGUCACUCACACCUCCAUUGCCACAGGACAAAGGGAGCUUACAGAAUCCAUAGACAUCCACACAGCCCAUGCUCUGGGGCUAAUCCAUGUAAAACUCAAGAAGGAUGUUGGAGAGUGUGUGAGAAGUAGGAAAGGUUUACUUGUUCCCAGUCUUCAAGAUGGACAUGGAUCUGAGCUGAGCAUUUGCUGUAGAGAGAUAACCCAUCCAGAUGGAGGCGCUGGUGCAAAUCCAAGGCCAGUGGCAGAGAGGAGGACCACAGAAACAAGGUGUGGGUGGAGUUAGGCUUGAGAUGUCUUUGAGACGCUUUGUAAAUCAAAACAUCACUAUUCACAUCAGUUUUGUAAAGAUGAUAAUGACCAAUGAGCAUCUUAUUUUAUAGAUCCAAAAGGAAAAAUAUUUUUAUUAUUAUCUCAAGAUAAUAAAACUGGUUUUGCCUUCUGAGUGCCUCGUGGGACCAACUAUCUUACUCCUUUAGUAUUGUUUUUGUAUUUUCAAAGCAGACUGAGCUGACGUUGACUGAAAACUUUAUAACUCUCCCUCUGUGCAACAAAAUACUGUUUCUCUGUCCCCCCAAGAAAUCAGAUUAUGUCACCUCUGCUUAUACUGACCACUUUGACAGGUCCCUGAUAAUUUUUUUUUAUGGACUCGGGACUAUGGGGAAUUACACACGUUGUAACCAAUACUAAGUUUAGAUUAAAUAAGCCACAUGAAGUCAUAAACGUUUCUAAGAAGCUGACAUGUAAGCUCAUUUUUCUUCAGAGUGGAGAAGGCCUGCACGUGGGCGGAGUAUCUCUUCAAACGAACAGUGCAGUCAUGGAUCCUUUAGUCCUUUUAGCCAAAUGGUUGCCCUUUUUUUGUUGUUGUUUUUGUUUUCUGAAAACUUACUGUAAUGGUCUUCAGAAAGUCCAGGGGGCUUGGCUGUUUCCCUUUUUAAUCUGUGGUAAGAUCUCAACAGGUUCAUUCAACCAAAGGUUAUUUUCUGCCAGAGGCCUAGUUAGGUGUGGCUGGAGUGGCGCCCUCAGACAAAUCGACACUCUCCGUGGACGUGCUAGCAGGCGAAGCCAAUGAGCGGUAAGAGGCUACCUGCAAGACUUCAGCAUGCUCCACUUUACGAAGCCAUCUGUCCCAAGAAUUUCCGGAACCCUAAACUGGAAAUCCCUGAUAUGUAUCAGGACAGUCAUGGCCCAAACCACUAGUCGUUAAGCAGAAAAAUCAAGGAGUGUCCUGAGAUAUCAGCUGUCUACCGGCUAUGGUAUACCAGCUCUUUACAUACCAUCUGGGAACUUGUGCUAUGGCAGAAUUUCAAAUUGCAGGCAAUAGUGCCGUAAGACCCAUUUUAAGUAAGUCUAAAUCUCGUGUCAUGUUUCUAUGCCAAAGGCCUAAUGCGACAGAGCCUGAUGACACCCAGCAGUGGUGACUGUGAACUGUGGGCUGGUUAUACCCAUCAGCAGCCUAAGGGGUGAUGAGCUUUCAGCCUUUGAUCCUCACUCAGCACUGUGAUGUGACAGCAUCAAAGCAUCAUUAUGAGUUCUAUGCUGUAUGUUAGACCAGUUUUAAGACAGCACACAGACAAGAAUCCACAGCCAGUAGAAAAUGCCUUUGCUGUUCUGUGUCAUCAGUGGCACCUCUACCUGGGCACGUAUGGACUCAGAUACAUUUUUAUCCAGAUCUUGGGGGAAAGAAGCCAGUUGAACACAUGACUUGCAUUCCCUCUUUCUCACGUUUUCCUAAGCCUACUAUGGGUACUGAUGCUCUCAGCCUCCAGACAAUGUAUUUCGCCAAGUUGCAGGGAAUAUCAUUGCUGUGUGUGUGCACUGUACGUGUGUGUUGGAUGUCACAGUGUUGUGUGUAUUGAGCUUAAUGCUGAGCUGGAAGGAACCAGUAAUCUUCCUCUUUGUUGUAAAGAAGAAAAUCAAUAUUCAUCAGAGAACAAUUCCCAGUUUUCUGCAAAAGAGGGGCUGGGUCACCCUCCCCUGUCUUCUUUGGACCAGCUCAACCUCAGACGUAUCAGGUUGAAAUUUGAUGCUUUGUCAGUUUUUCUUUUUUUAGCAAAAUAACGCAACCUUGACUUCUCCCAUAUGGAACACUUCUUUCUUUGUUAUGGAAUUCUGUCUUGCUGUAUCUUCUAUGCAAUUCCUUUUCUAAUGACCCCUGGUGGUAGAAGAGUGCUCUCCAGCAUUCUACCAUACCAUGCUCUCCAGCAUUCUACCUUGCUGUGUGGUGGAGGUGAGGGAUGCCAGCUUUGGGUGUGCCUCUUUUCUCUCCCUGGUUGCCUCACCCAAUUUUCCUGCAGUCCCCUUGGUUUGUAAAUUGCCUGCAUUUAUUCUGUCAGCCAACAUGUACAAAUGUAAGAAAGAAUUUUUAAACAGGUAAUAAAUUAUAUUUAUAAGCAA